CUGGGCUCAUCAAACUGAGGAGAACUUUAUGAGAACUUGAGGUUUAGAUUAAUAAUAUUAUGCACAAGACCAGCACUGUCAUUUAGAGUCACUUUACCGGCUCGCCUCGGUUCAUCUUUACCUGAUGGUGUUAUUGCGCAAAAGUGGACCGUGGAAACCGUUGCAUGCGCUGUGAAGACAUCGCAUCAGUAGAUAUUGGUUGGCGUGAGCUUGCUGCCACAUAAGCUAAGCUCUGAGCUCUUGCAUUUGUUUAAAUGAGGAGGCAAGAACUGUUGACACAGACAGCCUUGCAUCUCACUCAAAGUGGAUGCGCAAUGAUGGAUUAAUCGCUUUUUUGAAGGGAUCAAUUCAUGCGCCUUUCAGCAGCCAGCAUCGCGGUGCCCCGCUAAACUCCUCGUGCGGAUUAUAUACCACCAACCUUUAACUGAUUGUAUCCACUUCUUCUCAAGAUGUCAUCUGGGUAUUUGAUAAGGUCACUGCUUAUGCUCUUUCUCGCGCUCUUCUCUGCCAAUGCAAGCAACUGGUUAUACCUGGCAAAGCUGUCAUCGGUGGGAAGUAUUUCUGACGAAGAAACGUGCGAGAAGCUCCGGGGACUCAUUCAGAGGCAGGUUCAGAUCUGCAAGCGUAAUGUGGAGGUGAUGGAUGCCGUCCGCAGGGGUGCGCAGCUUGCCAUUGACGAGUGCCAGUUUCAGUUCCGCAACCGACGCUGGAACUGCUCAACGCUAGAGAGUGUUCCUGUCUUUGGAAAAGUGGUCACCCAAGGAACUAGGGAAGCUGCCUUUGUGUACGCCAUAUCUGCCUCUAGCGUAGCCUUUGCAGUGACACGGGCGUGCAGCAGCGGAGAGCUCGACAAGUGUGGAUGUGACCGCAAUGUACAUGGUGUCAGUCCCGAGGGUUUCCAGUGGUCAGGAUGUUCUGACAACAUUGCCUACGGAGUUGCUUUUUCCCAGUCUUUUGUAGACGUCAGGGAAAGAGGUAAAGGACAGUCAUCCAACAGAGCCUUAAUGAACCUUCAUAAUAAUGAGGCAGGAAGAAAGGCAAUUCUGAACCACAUGAGAGUGGAAUGUAAGUGCCAUGGUGUUUCAGGCUCCUGCGAGGUGAAGACCUGCUGGAAGGCCAUGCCACCUUUCCGCAAAGUGGGUAACAUUAUCAAGGAGAAAUUUGAUGGAGCCACAGAAGUCGAACUGCGAAAAGUGGGUACCACCAAAGUUCUGGUUCCACGGAACUCACAGUUCAAACCGCACACCGAUGAAGAUCUGGUAUACCUGGACCCAAGCCCAGACUUCUGCGAACACGACCCCAGAACACCGGGUAUACUGGGAACUGUGGGUCGCUUUUGCAACAAGACCUCAAAGGCCAUCGAUGGCUGCGAGCUUAUGUGCUGCGGUCGAGGAUUCCACACAGAGGAGGUGGAGGUGGUGGACCGAUGCAGCUGCAAGUUCCACUGGUGUUGCUAUGUCAAAUGCAAACAGUGCCGUAAGAUGGUGGAGAUGCACACGUGUCGGUGAUUCACAGUUACAGAACUUUCUAGAAUGGUUCCCUCUUACCCCUACCACCACUUCCCUACAAGCCCAGGGAAACUAGACUAAUACAGUACACAAGAAGGAAGACAAGGACAUUCCCGGACAUUUCAUGCAAUGAUAGAACAUGUCAUACAUGAGACAUGAAAAUAUCGGGGCAAAUAUAGUUUUGAGACCCAAUUGAGAGUAUUUUUCUCUCUCAUCGUUCUGUUUUUGAUUGUGGUUGCUCUCUUAUUUUUAUAUAUAUAUAUUUUUUUUAACUUAUUGGAAUGAAAAUAGAGAGUGAAUCUUUAAUGUGACGUAUGUACCAGGAGAGUGCCAUUGGGAAUUGACCCUGAGGGAUUAUUGGGAACAUGAAUAUGGAGAAAGGUCAUAUUGUUUGGGGCAUUGGCUCUAAAAGCCUUUCCAUUGUUAAUGCUGCUUUGGGGUUUCAUCUCGAAAGAUGGACAUUGGACAAACAGAAAUAUCAUACACCACACAUUGAGAUGCAGUCCAGGUGUUCAUCUACACUGCAAAAAUUCUUAUUCAAAAACGUCUUGUUUACAAUUACUUGAGAAGCAAAAUGACAAAAAUGUCAGUGAAAUUUUAACAAUUUCAUGAGGUUUAUGCUCAAAACAAGAAACUACUAUUUGCCAAUGAGGAAAGACAAAUAAACUUGUUUCCAUUUUGAAUUACGUUUAUUUUUCUUAUCACAUUGGCAAAUAGUUUUUUUCCUUGUAUUAAAGGUACACUACAUCAAUUUCUACAGUUUCUCCUUUAAUUUCUCAUUAGAAAUUAACAAAAUAGUUUUUUUUAGCCAUACAUGAAACAAUCCGUUUUCAUAAACAUGCUACGUUAAGCCUACAAUAAUGAUUUUCCAAUCAGAGCCAAUCAAAGUCAAUCUGACCGAGUAAUCUUUAUUUCGAAAUUUAGCAUUGCCCAAGGCCAGAAACAUUCUUUACGCAAGUGACAAAUGAGUUGUGCUACGAUUUGUGAUCUGAAACAUUUUGGAACGGAACAACGCACAAAAUCGAGCUUUCGUAGCUAAAAGCACCUGCGUACAUGUACUUGAGUAGAGUCAUUUUCAGCCUUAACUUUUGUAAUCAUUGUAAACUUUUAAAUGAUUUUGUAUGUUUUCAGUAGGUCAAAAGAACAUCAACAAAUAUGCUACUUACUUGCUCAGAUUAUAUAUUUUUCAGAUAUAUGUCUUGUAAGACUUUCUUUUUACAAUCAGCGUCUCUUGGCGUAGCUACAGUUGUCAGAUCAGCUUUGCUAUGGUGAUUACAGGCAACCAUGAGUAUAGCUCAAACCCUGAGAUUCUUCUGUGAAGAAGAGCGUUGGUGAGGCACAACUGACAUAAAAGAUAAAACAAUCUUCCCGAGUUACUUGCAGUUUUACGUUUCAAUCACAGAUGUCCAUAGAGAGCCUAGAAUUCGUCAGAGUAAACCUCACUAAAUUUUGUCAUAUUUCUCUGAUACCAAGACUUAAUAGUUUGCACCUCAAGUAAGUGUAUCUUGUUGUAAGUAUUUUUUAAUGGAAAACAAGACAAAAAUACAGAGUAUACAAUUGAUUUUCUGUACUUUCCAAUAAAAAAAAAAGUAGCAUUUUUAAAUAAUUGUGGUCAUUCAUUCAUGUAGCUGUGAUGCUGCUUAAAUUUCAGAAUCACUCAUAAUGUAGAGCUUUGGUCUUCUGUAUACAAGUAUUAAAGUGCCCCCAGAUUUUUUUGUAGGGAUGUAAACCAACUCCAAUCAAGAUGGAGUAGAAAUAUUACAAGCAUUUUGCUCUUUCACACAGCGGUUAAGAAAACUCUGACUUAACUGUGGAAAAGGAGUGUUUUCAAAAUAAAACUGCAUUGAAUUUGUUAGUCAGAAAGCUACUGACUCAGUCAGCAAGCAUAUCAUUGGUUCUGAGCUGUAACCAUGCAUCCGAGGCAAAGCAAAAAUGGCAAAUAAAUAUUAUUUAUCUACAGGUUGACUUGGGGUGCUUGGGAUAUGGAUUCUGUGCACAAUGACUCCAGCACUUUUCCUCUCCAGAUGCACAUACAGUACUACAAAUAAACAAAUUUCCCAGCAUUCCCUGCUCCAUUAAAAGACAGAGUGACUGAAUUAUUUAUGGCAAAUAUGUACAAUACCAUAACACCUAGCUUUUCUAUAGUAAAAACUGCUAUCCAGUAUGCUUUUAAAAAAACAUAGAUUUGUAAAGACUUAUACACUGAAGAGGACUGUAUUUCAUAUGAAUGUAUGUUAAAUUGAAAUAUAUGCUGUGUCAAAGACUGACUUUCUUGUGCUUUUUCUUGUUGUUGGGUGAAAAUACCUUCAUUGCUCUUUAAAAAUGACAAAAUAUGGAAGUAAAUACCAGCAUUGCU